ACUGCAUGUCUCUUUCUGCAGAUUUUGCUAUGUAGCAAAAAUAUGGCAAGUUUUAAAGUCUUUAAUUCCAAGACUUUAGGCGUUUUUACGAUUUGGUUGUGUGUUGCAUGUUUUUUCGUAUCGACUUCAGGUGAACCUGUCAAUAAAAAAUCCGACGUUGAAGAAACUUCAGAUAAUCUUGACAUCAAUGCCCUUCCUCCAAAUGUCGCUCAAAUUGUCGAAGCUAUCAGCAACGUGCAAAAAAACGUUUCAACAACUCCAAGCAAGAGAAAGCAACCCAACAUAAAAGUCGCUACCUCUAUCAGGAAGGAUGCAACAAAUAAUUCACAAAAUACCUCAAAUUUUGACGAUAUCUCUGAGCUUGAGCUACAGCUCUUCGAGCCGGAUGAGUCACUCUUCCCUCCGCGUCUCGAGGAGAAGAACCCAGAAGUUAAUAAGACUUACGAAGAAUCUACAAGAGCAACUGAGAAACCGUCUUCCCAUGAAGAAUAUACGACGACUUCUGAGAAACCAUCUACACAUGAAGAACCUCCGACGACCUCUGAGAAACCAUCUACGCCAGUUCCUGUAAUAAGAGAUUCUGACGUUAUUAGCAAUGUUGUGGCAGAAUCUUCCGCUCAAAUAGUGGAAACUCAAGCUAGUAACUCAGGUCAAGAAACACCAUCUCACGCGGAAAACACGCCUGUCGUUUCUUAUGACCCUCCUGCCACGGGCUUGCUCAGCCUUGAAGGAUUAAAUCAGUGGUGGAACUGGGUUGUAUCCAUGAGAGAUCCAAAUAUCAGUCCUGAUGGCCCGAUGAGUUGGCCGACCAUCAUCGGUCGAGGUGUGACAGGCAUUAUCAGGCACUAUAACCCUCUGCGGAGAAUCUUUGGCAGGUCAAUGAGAGAGCCGGUUGACACCUUGUCAGUUGAUCACCCGUACCCCUAUAAAGUCCUCAGGGCAAUUGAGCGCAAAGAAACAACAGCUGAUACCGAAAGCGUCAAUGCCUUUAUGCACAAACUCCAGCAAAAUAAGGUGGCUCAAAAAAUUAGUGAAAUGUCUAGAGCAGAUACGGCGUCGUCUUCCGAUACGAAUACGACAUCUAGGGCGGAAGCAACAACUGAUGUAGCAGAAGAUACAACUGCGAUUCCAUUUUUUAGUAUUAGGCAGUUAACGGGUCCCAUCAAAAACUUAAUUCAAGCCAUCCGGAACGCAUCUCUAGACUUGGAAACUGCAAUAUUCUCACCGAUUCAUGUCGUCCCUGAUACGGUACAUCAAUCUGCUGACAUGUUCGAUCAUCCGGUUAGCGGAUUGAUAAGAGUACCAUUCUACGUCAAGUUGGUCAACAUUCUGCUCACAUCUUUGUAUAUUUUGAUCCCAUUGAUCUACAUUCCAUACUCCGGGAUCGACAAUUUCUUCCUAGCACCUCUGCCUCCUGACAUGGACACACUACCGGGAAUGCUUCGUUUCUUUGGCCUGCAGGCGAUGCUUGGGCCGGACUACCUUUACGACUACGAUUACGAAGAAGAACCUGCAGAAGCUGCUGCUGCUUCGCCUCCAGCGCCAGCCGCUGAAGAAGAAGAAGAAGAGGAAGAUUAUGAAGAAGAUGUCCGAAGAAAAGACACAGUUCCGACCAAGAUUAAAAAGUUUAAAAAAAGAAGGAGACUUAAAAAGAAAUCCAAAGAUAAUGAAGGAGAGGCUGAGCAUGAGAAGCAGAGGGAUACUCUCUCCACUAACCUGGAUAGUAAAAUGCGUCCUCCACCUUCAGAGUAUAGUGGAUACUCGUCAUAUUCCUCAAUUAUGGCUACCGAAGAUACAAAACCGGUUUACAUUUACCCAUCCGGGACUAUCGAGUCAAAUGAUGAAUCAGUUGUUAAUGCACCAUCGUUACAAGAUCAUUUUGAUCAAUGGAAACGUAAGGAUUGGGCAGAAAUGACGUUACGUUCAUCGGUUGCUGCGUCUUCACCAGUCUUACUUGGACCAGAUACUCCUCCCUUUUUGGAUAUUGAAAAUUCGAUGCCUAUUCUAUUUAGAGGUGAAAACGUAAACAUACCCUCUCCAGUUCUAAGUAAUCAAAAGCAGCCAAUCGUUUCAGCCGUACAGUUGGAGACACCCAAGCUUGCUGCCAAUUCUUUCAGCAGUCAAGGAUACCAAACUCUGACAACCCCCAGCGGAAGACCGUCUGUCAUCUACAAUGAAAAUCACAAAGCUCUCUUCGCUCAUCUUGACGAGGUUCGGGAAAACUACCUUGUCACUCCGAAAUACGCUGACUCUCUCGCAUCUGAGUUGAGGUCUUCUAGUCUAAACGCCUCUAAAACUCAAACGUCGGUCUCGCUGGCAGCAAUAACGACUUCCAUACUCAGGCCGGUAUACGUCCCGCCCACUACCGUGCGGGCAGCAACCGUGCCCGUAACACGCUACACGUGCAUCUUAUCCAGCAAGAUGUCUAUGUCCGGUGCUGAAUACCUUGCUUCAAUUUAUGGAACCGAGAAGGACAAAGUCAAUUGUUCCUUCUACAUCAAAACUGGAGCCUGCAGGCACAGUGAAAGAUGUUCUCGCAAGCACAACAAGCCUCAGUACAGCCAAACGAUUGUGAUGGGCAAUAUGUACGUGAGCCAGCAGAAUUCAGCCAAGUCUGCAGACGGGUCCCAUCUUGGUGAUAUGAGCGACCAUAAGAUCCAGGAGCAGUUUGAGUACUUCUUUGAAGAUGUCUUCUUUGAGUGUGAAGAGAAGUACGGCGAGAUCGAAGAGAUGUGCGUGUGUGAUAACCAGUGCGAUCAUCUUCGUGGCAAUGUCUACAUCAAGUUCCGCAAGGAGGAGGAUGCUGUCAAGGCCGCUGAGGAUCUUAACAACCGCUGGUACAUGUACAGGCCUAUAUAUGUUGACCUCUGUCCAGUGGCGGACUUUAGAGAAGCUUCAUGUCGCCAGUUUGAAAUGGGCCAGUGUGGCAAGGGUGGUUUCUGUAACUUUUGGCACGUGAAGCCGAUCUCACACCACUUGAAGACUCUGUUGGCGCGUAGCUCGCGUUCCCGCUACAAGGGAAGGUCCCGGUCCCGUUCCCGCUCCCGUGACAAGAGGCGCCGAAGCAAGUCGAGAUCCCGCGACAGGGAUCGGCGAGAAAGGAAAGGCCGCUACUGAUACCUAGGCUGUACUUGAACGCUCUAUCUGUCAUCUUUACACGUUCGUUCUACCUAACUGGUUCAAUGUUCAUGUAUGCUCCUACGAUCAUCAGGGUUAGUCCAUAUUUUUUAAUUUGUAAUGAUUAAUUUUUAAAUUGCUGCGUUAAUCUUGGGGGAACUCUUGAGAAGAUGAGACUGGAGCAGGACGAGACGGUUUGGCCCAAUUUUUUCCAGUCGGUAGAUGACAUCAAUUGGGCCAUUUCUCAAUAAAACCAGACACAAUGCGUGGAAGUUUUGCCUAGUAGCCUAGAAGUUAAUCCUGAUUGGUGUCAACCGAAUAAACUUCUAAAACAA